UUUGUUUCUUAAAGCAACGAGUGUCUGAAUCGAAUUGAGUAUUCGAUUCUUUCUUUAAAUUAAUUCAUAUCUUUCUUUUCUCUUUGAAAUUCUACAAUCUGGUUGUGCAUCAUUGCCACUUCAAUUCAUUGAUUUGAUUGGGAGUUAAAUUUGAUGGUUGUCUCAUCAGUAGAUGCUUUCAUGGUGAGAUGGGUUGUUGUUAUGUGCUCCGGCUCUGUUUUUCUUUUCUUUUUUUUAUCAGUUUCAGGGUUUCGCUUCCUGUGAUUUCAAUUUAGGAUUAAAUGCGGAGGGGGGAGGUGGUGGUCGUGGGGAGUUUCUGAGUAGCAAUGCUUCCAAAGUUAGGGGUUACAAAUUUGGAGGAGGCAGAAGAAUUUGUGGAGUUGGAUUACUGCAUUUGUGGAGUUUGUAGUAAGAUAAGAUCUUUGAGUUGUGUAGUUUCUUGUGACUUUCUGUUUAAGAAUGAAAUUUGUUGGUACUUUUUACUUUUAAAUUGAUUUCUGGAAGUUUUUUUUUUCUCUGUGGGUGGUUUCUUCUGUCAAGUAUGAAGCAGAGAGGCAUAGGAGAUUCAUACAUCAAGAUGGGAAAUAGAGUAUUCUCUUUUUCUGCAUCUUUGUUUUUUUCGAGGAGGUGUGGGGAGGGAGGGAAAAAUGAAGUUGGGUGGUUCUGCUAGUUGCAAUAAUCUAAUUGUCUCUACAAACUCGGAGAGUUUAUUCUCCUUUAUUCUUUAAUUAGAAAUUAGUGGCUGGUUCCCAUACAUCAAGGGGCGCGCUUGGUCCAACAGUAAUGCACGAAUGUUACAACCUGGUGGUUAAGCAGUUGAAACAGCCUCUCGACAUUCUCAGGGUAAGGCUGCAUAAUUCUCGCCCCGGACCUCGAACAUUCGUGAGCAUCGUGCACCGGGUACACCCUUUAUUUUCGUUCCUUCUCUAAUUAGAAAACUGUGGCUGGUUCCUAUACUGUGCUUUCAUGUAAGCACUAAGUAUCAUUAAUUAAUGCUUGGAAAUCAUUAAAAUCCUUCUCUAUGUAGAAAGUUGUGGCUGUCUUUUGUAUAUUUUUUCAGUUUUAAUCUCUUGCUAUCAUCAAGAAUGGUUUGGAAAUCAUCAUUAACCUUGUUCUAAAUUAAAGGGAGGAAAUGAUGUUCCUAAAUGAGGGGUAUUAGAUGAUGGUGCUUACGACGAUAUUAUGUUUAAAAUAACACGAAGUAAAAGCAUUGUUUGGUAUCUGUCUAGACUUCGAAAUGAAUAUUACUUUUAGGCUGCGUACGGUAUUCAUUCUAGGUUGAUAAUGCAUUCUGAGAUGCUAUAAACAACUAUGUUUAGCAUCUCAGAAAGCAUUAUCGACGUUGAAUGCAUACCAAAUGUAGCCUCAGUAAACAGAUAUUUUCUUUUCUUACUUUUGAGUAAGCAUGCUCACCUUCACUACAUGCAAAAGGCAAUCACAUUAUAGCAGGCUGUCUAGAAUUAUUCAAAUUGCAUUUUUCUUAGUCAUCUUUUCUCUUCCAAAAGUUCUUAAUUUCUUACUAUGCUUUAAAGAUUUGCUUGUCACCAUAUUUUCUGGCCCUGGAAGUUCAAUAUGUUCACAUCAUCCCUGUAUUUCGAAUGAUAUUGUACGUCUUGAAGAUGCCGAGUCUAAUACUUAAUGUUGUGGCUUAGCAAGCUUUCAAAGGUGCAGCAGCGGGUAGAAAUCGUCUGAAAUUCUCAUCUUACACGUGUCAGCCAUUUAGGGUGGAAUUGUAUAGAAUUGUACGAGAUGAGAAUUUCAGACGAUUUCUACCCGUGCAGCAGCAAAUAAGGUUCCUCUUGGUUGUGGGGUUUCUUAUUCCUGAUAGUGAGAGAAAAUUAAUGCUAUUUAGUGUGGUGCAUAACUCAACUUGCCCUUAGCAUACUUUUUCUCAGUAGCAUAAAGAAAUGAAAUCCAAAUUAUGUAGUGGAUACACAUUAUGAAUGGUCAGGGAAGCCUCAGCCAAGGUUUAAUACUCAGUUUCUUGUUUGCGACUCUGCCAGGCAAAAGCACCUAUUAUGAGUUGGUUCAUAUAAUGCCUGCUGCACAGAAAAAUUAUACUAGAUUUGGUUUUUGUGUGAGUGUUCUUUACAUUUCCUUGAUGAGCUUGGAAACUUCGGCAAUUGGGGGUAUUUUAGUUGCUUGCAUUUAAUGCAUGCCAGAAUGAUGGAUAACUAUCAAGUUAUAUGUGUAAAUAAAUAGGUUGUUUAAGUUACAUCCCUGCUCCAUUGCAAACUUUAAGAAUCACAUCUUAUGAACUCUCCUGUAUUCCCAUUGCAGUUUGAGCUUUUAUCUGAGAUGAAGGUUGGUCUGAGUCCCACUCUUCUCUAGAUCAUAAAGUUGGUCUUGAUUCUUUAGUUAAUACAGGCCUUAUUAGAUCCAACUUUAAACCCUUCAUCAUACUGAGAAUUAUUACCAAAAACUAUCAACAGAUGCAAGCCUCAUAGCAUGGAUUCGCACCAACAUUUCAGAUAUGGCGUUACGGGUGUGGACAUAUCAUACAAGUAUUCUCACAUCACUUCUGCAAUCCCUGAAUGGACAGUUGGACCUCUGAAAUUCAAUUCAGAGAGCUUGCCUAACUCGCCUCUUUCCACUCAUUUUGAAUGUGAUACUUUUACUUCACUGAGCAACAGCCAGGAGCAGUAUAACUCCACAGAGAAUCUCGCAGCUGUCAGUCCCUUGUGUAAUUCUUCACUUGAAGCCAAUAGUUCUUUCCGCUGGACAAGCCACUCGCCUGUCAGUCUUCAAGACCAUCUAGAGCCCUGUUCUGGUGGGAGUUUGCUCUCGCAGAAUGCAAAUUGUGGUCAAAGCAUUAAACACUUCCUACAGGAACUAGAGAGUACUCUGAUGGGUCCUGAUGGUGAUGAAGAUGAAACGACAACAUCAAAUACUGCUACCGAGGGAAUUAAUGAGCCACAGAUCUCAUGUCAAGCAUCAAGGUCCUGGAGCCAGGAACCUUGCCAUGAUUCAAAUGUCAUCCAACCUCAACAAAGUUUUGUUCCAAUUAACCGUACGUCUAGCAAUGGAGUUCAUGCUGAGAAGCGUCAUAGAGCGAUUGAAGUUUCCUCUCAGGAGGUCAGACAUAGUGAUCUGAAACAACUGCUGAUUGAGUGUGCAAAGGCUCUUUCUGAAAACAGGACAGAUGAUUUCAAAAAGUUGGUCCACGAGGCUAGAAGUGCUGUCUCUGUUACUGGAGAACCAAUCCAGCGUCUAGGUGCUUAUAUGGUAGAAGGGCUGGUCGCUAGGAAGGAGGCCUCAGGCACUAACAUCUACCGUGCUCUUCAGUGUCGAGAACCAGAAAGCCAGGAGUUGCUCUCUUAUAUGCAGAUCCUAUAUGAAAUUUGCCCAUACUUUAAAUUUGGUUACAUGGCAGCCAAUGGAGCAAUAGCUGAAGCAUUCAAAAACGAGGACCGGAUACACAUUAUAGAUUUUCAGAUUGCUCAGGGAAGCCAGUGGGUGACCCUGAUACAAGCACUUGCAGCAAGGCCAAGUGGUCCUCCUCAUGUUCGGAUCACUGGAAUUGAUGAUCCAGUCUCUCAGUAUGCCCGUGGUGACAGUUUAGAGGUUGUUGGCAGGAGGCUAGCUGCAAUAUCUGAGAAGUUCAAUAUCCCUGUUGAGUUCCAUGCUGUGCCAGUGUUUGCGUCGGAGGUCAAACCGGAGAUGCUCAAGGUGAGGCCUGGUGAGGCUCUGGCUGUGAACUUUACUCUGCAGCUCCACCACACACCAGAUGAGAGUGUUGAUGUGAACAAUCCGAGAGAUGGACUGCUGCGGAUGGUGAGGUCACUGUCGCCCAAGGUUGUCACACUGGUUGAGCAGGAGUCGAAUACAAACACAACACCCUUCUUCAUGAGGUUCAUGGAGACCUUGGAUUACUACUCAGCAAUGUUCGAGUCAAUCGAUGUUACACUGCCAAGGGACAGCAGAGAACGAAUUAAUGUGGAGCAGCACUGCUUGGCCAGGGACAUAGUGAACGUAAUUGCCUGCGAGGGGAAGGAGAGAGUAGAGAGGCAUGAGCUGCUGGGGAAAUGGAAAUCCAGAUUGACAAUGGCAGGGUUUCUUCCAUAUCCACUGAGCUCUUAUGUGAACUCUGUGAUACGCAGUCUAUUGAGGUGUUACUCGGAGCAUUAUACGCUAGUGGAGAAGGAUGGGGUCAUGCUGUUGGGUUGGAAACAUAGGCACUUGAUUUCAGCUUCUGCUUGGCAUUAGAGGAAUGGUAGAUAAAGACCUAAAGAUGUAGCUGCCAAAUAAUGUGUACACCUUUCGCCCAGUCCCUUCAUCUCUCUCUCUCUCUCUCUCUCUCUUAGAGUUCAGAUGUAAGGUGUUUGAGAUGAAUGCAGUGUUUUCCUUCAUAUGUGGCAUCCAUUUGUAUAUGUAAUUUUGACUUGCAUCAA